AUGCCCCCACUUGCCCGCUACCCAACGAACACCAGUAUUCGCAGCUGGUGGUCAGACAGCAACCCCGCUGGCGCAACUAUCAACCUUCAUACCUUGGCGAAACCCCUUCUGCGGGUCAUGUACGACCGGGAGGUCAGAAAGUUGCUGAAGCUUGGUCCGGGAAACGAGAACUCGGGAGAAACGGUCGCUCUACUCAUGCGGUAUCUUGGAGCACGAUAUGUGGCGGCAUCCACCAAAAUCGUCAUUCUCGGCAGGCUAUCUCGAGUUGUGCCGGAAUAUCGUGAGGCUCUCUUGGAGUAUAGGGAUUGUAUCACCACACUCCUCCACACAAUCGACACUCGAAACUUGAGUGUUGACACGCCAAACAACCGGGAAUUUCUGCGCACAAUCUGCCUCAUUGGUUUUCCGCCUCUGCCUCCGCUUAGUGUUGCCGACUGUGCUCUAGCGCUCCUUACGCGUGCGCCAAGUGCCAGCGAGAGACCCAUGAAAGCCAAUCGGUGGGGCAAUCUUGUCGAGUUCUCUCUCUGCGCUACGGACGGUGAACCAAAUGGGGGCAUUUUCGUGUGGACAGAAGACCUCGUGGAGCCUGAAAACUCAUCCGGCACCCAAAACUAUUUGCUCAGCGGCGUCGAUGUGACCUUGGAGCUACGUCGUAUCGAGCAAUCUCUGUACGAACUUCCGCGAGCCUGUGGGGGGAAAGGGUGA